AACGGAUCAAGCAUCCCUGAGUUUCAGACAGAAACUUACUCUGAAUAAAUAUAUUCAAAGGGCCAUCAAGAAAUGGGGACCUGGAUUUUGUUUGCCUGCCUCCUGGGAGCAGCCUUCGCCAUGCCCCUACCACCUCAUCCUGGGCACCCUGGUUAUAUCAACUUCAGCUAUGAGGUCCUUACCCCUCUGAAGUGGUACCAGAGCAUGAUAAGGCAGCCGUACCCUUCCUAUGGUUACGAACCCAUGGGUGGAUGGCUGCACCACCAAAUCAUUCCCGUGCUGUCCCAGCAGAACCCCCCGAAUCACGCCCUACAGCCUCAUCACCACAUCCCCAUGGUGCCAGCUCAGCAGCCCGUGGUCCCCCAGCAACCAAUGAUGCCAGUUCCUGGCCAACACUCCAUGACUCCAACCCAACACCACCAGACAAACCUCCUUCCGCCCGCCCAGCAGCCCUUCCAGCCCCAGCCCGUCCAGCCUCAGCCUCACCAGCCCAUCCAGCCCCAGCCACCCGUGCACCCCAUCCAGCCCCUGCCGCCACAACCACCUCUGCCUCCGAUGUUCCCCAUGCAGCCCCUGCCCCCCAUGCUUCCUGACCUGCCUCUGGAAGCUUGGCCAGCAACAGACAAGACCAAGCGGGAGGAAGUGGAUUAAAAGAUCAGAAAAUGAGAAGAGAACUGAAAUAGAUAUUUCAGUUGCUUUCAGAAUGACGCAAUGAUUUGUGCCUACCAUCACUUAGUAAAUUCUGUAACUAAAAAUAAGUACAUUAGCAAACAAUAAAAUGUUUU